UCUAUGGAUUAUAUUUAUCACAAUUUGUCAUUUACAUCUUCAGGUAAAAUGUUUCCGAGCCAAGGAGAUAUUCAUAUAGCCCCAUUCUGUGAUGAAGCAUUGUACAUGGAACAAUUUACUAAAGCCAAUUUCUGGUAUCAACAGUCGUUCCACGGUAUUGACUUAUCAAGUCUUAGGAAUGCUGCAUUACAAGAGUGCUUCAGACAACCUAUUGUGGAUACGUUUGAUAUCCGUAUCUGUCUUGCCCGAUCGGUGAAACAUACAAUAGAUUUUCGAACUACACAUGAAACUGAUUUGCAUAAAAUUGAGAUCCCGUUAUCAUAUAAUAUUCUCACCUCAGGAACUGUCCAUGGUUUGGCUUUUUGGUUUGAUGUUUCCUUCAUUGGCUCUGUAUCAACUAUCUAUCUUUCCACUGCCCCAACAGAGCCAUUAACACAUUGGUAUCAAGUACGGUGUUUACUUCAAACUCCAAUCUUUGUUAAAGUUGGUCAGACUCUCUCAGGAAAAGUAAUUCUCACAUGUAACAAAAGACAAAGCUACGAUAUAGAAAUAGAAGCUGCCCUACAAGGAUCAGGUACCGUUUCUACCAAUAAAUUAGAUUUGAAGAAUCCCUUCUUCCGUUACACUGGCACUACAUCAGCUGCCCCACCAGGCUUCAACACAGCCUCCCCCACAGAGAAUUAUUGGAAUCAACUGACGGGAGAUACCACUGCAUCCAAUGGGAUUGUAGACAGCAAUGGAUUACAUAACACAGCAGUUGGUGGCGGAGUCGUACAGUCUAAUUUAGUGCCAUUGGCCAACACUGAUCCGAUUUCACAUUCGAUAGUGAUGUCUGGUGGCACCUCUCAACUGCAUGGCUCAAGAAACAGCAUAGCACAACAAAGAACGCUGCCAGUACCAAGCUCAGUUGGCAUAGCCAUGACCUCGACAAAUGUCACCCAGUCAAAUCUGGUUGGCGGUUUUAGUCCAUAUAACUUCAAUCAAUUUAUCGGUGGUAACCAGUUGCCUAGCAACAUGAUGAACACCAGCCAUGCAGCAGGGUUUUGAUUCA